CGCGCACACACGCACGCCCUCAUUCUCGGUCCCUCGGGCACACACACACACUCACAGAGGCAGACACACAUUCACUAUUACUCACUCCUUUCUCUUUUCAAAAGCCCCUUGUGAGGUAGAUUGACAGGCUAGAAUGAAAAUGAGGCGGACGCUCGGUCACGACUUCAGUGCGUACGCGUCCUUAUGAGGAGACCUCUAAACUUGGAUCGUAUCACCAUGGGAGCUGUUUGGGCUACAAGAGACUUUUGUUUGUUUUUGCUCUUGUUAAAUAGUCGCCAAAGUGCUGCGCUUCCAGAUAUUCGAGCAGACCCAUGUGCUGAGGGGAGUGAUGGCUGUCACAUUGAUGCUAUAUGUCAGACGACCCUGCAGGGCUCAUACAAGUGCACAUGCAAAGCAGGCUUCAAAGGAGAUGGCAAGCACUGUGAAGACACUGAUGAAUGUGACCCGGAGUACAAUGGUGGCUGUGUACACGAGUGCAACAAUAUACCGGGAAAUUAUCGCUGCACUUGCUAUGAUGGCUUCAAUUUGGCCCACGACGGCCAUAACUGUUUGGAUGUGGACGAGUGUAAGUUCAACAACGGUGGCUGCCAGCACACUUGUGUCAACACCAUGGGCAGCUACGAGUGUCGCUGCAAGGAUGGCUUCUUCCUCAGCGACAACCAACACACAUGCAUCCACCGCUCUGUUGAGGGCCUCAACUGUAUGAAUAAGGAGCACGGCUGCGCCCACAUCUGCAAGGAGACGCCAAAGGGGGGCGUGGCCUGUGAGUGUCGACCGGGGUUCGAGCUGGCCCGCAACCAGAGAGGCUGCAUCUUGACGUGUAUCCAUGGCAAUGGGGGGUGCCAGCACACCUGUGAGGACACAGAGAGCGGCCCCAUUUGCAAGUGUCACAUCAGGUACGCCCUGCAGCCUGACAGGAGGUCGUGUGUUGAACGGGACGAAGCCACCACAGACUCGUCGGACCACAACGCCACGUCCUUCGCUGAGGUGGACAAACGUGUCAAGAGGAGACUUCUAAUGGAGACCUGUGCAGUCAACAAUGGGGGGUGUGACUGCACUUGUAAAGACACAUCCACGGGCGUGCGCUGCACCUGCCCAGUUGGCUUCACGCUGCAGCCAGAUGCCAAAGCAUGCAAAGACAUCGACGAGUGUGAGCUUCAAAAUGGAGGCUGUGAUCACUUCUGCAGGAACACCAUCGGCAGCUUUGAGUGCAACUGCAAGAAAGGCUUCAAGCUGUUGACCGAUGAGCGGUCAUGUCAGGAUAUAGACGAGUGUUUCUUUGAGCGUACGUGUGAUCACACAUGCGUGAACUCCCCGGGUAGCUUUCAGUGUCUGUGCAACAAAGGCUACACCAUGUACGGACUGGCCCACUGCGGAGAUAUAAAUGAAUGUAGCAUGAACAAUGGUGGUUGUGAGCAUGGUUGUGAGAACACCCAGGGUGGGUUUGAAUGCUUCUGCAACCCCGGCUACAAGCUGCACUGGAACAAAAAGGACUGCAUUGAGGCAGAGGGUUUGCCAGCUGCGAAACCCACCUAUAAGCCUACGCUGAACUGUAGCAAGCAGGAGGGAGGCGACCGCUGCUUCCUGACGUGCCAGUCCCAAGUUCAUAUCAGCAGCGGGACAGAGGAUUCCUACAUCGUGACCUGUGGAAUGCCUCUGCCCUGCUUGGCUGACGCACAAAAGAACAACAGUGGCUCACAUUGCUUCGGUUCAGAAACGUCCGGUGUUCCUCGCAUUAAGACCACAGCGACGUUCAAGUCGGGCACGACAAAGUGCAACUUAAAAAGAAGCCAGGAGCGACUGAAGGAAGUCUUGAACUCUGCACGCUCAGGCAGCAGGUUUUUCUUCACGGAGAACGUCCAGUUCAGCUACGUGAGCCUGCGCUGCACCUCAUCGGCGCAGCGAGGGCGCAGCCGCCACGGCAGGAAAGCGGCCGACGAAGACGGCUCAUCCAUCACGGCCGAGUUUGAGCUGGAUGUGAACCUAGAGGAGGUAACAGCAGAGAGCUGCGACCUGAACUGUGUGCGUCGUCGCUCCGAGAAGAGGCUGAGGAAGACCAUCCGCACGCUGAGGAAGUCCAUCAACCGGGAACAGUUCCACCUCCACUUUGCAGGCUCCGACUAUGAGCUGGCAAAGAAUCUUGCUCAGCCUGCAGAAACGCCAGGACGCUGCGCAGCAGGACAGGUGCUGGCGGGCAGGAGGUGUGUGAGUUGCAGUGUUGGCACCUACUACGAUGGCGACCAGGGGAAGUGUGUGCUGUGUCCAGCUGGUACCUAUCAGGAUGAAGAGGGACAGAUGACCUGUGAAGUCUGCCCUGGACCUGAAGGAAGGGAGGUCGCCAAAGUGGCUGGAGCUCGGAACCUCUCAGAGUGCGGAGGUCAGUGCACCCCAGGUCAGUACUCUCAUGACGGCUUCACCCCCUGCAUGCCGUGUCCACUGGGCUCAUACCAGCCAGAAGUAGGACGCACCACCUGCUUCCCUUGUGGAGGUAACCUGGUCACCAGGCGCAGCGCUGCUGUCACCUUUCAAGAGUGUGAGACCAAAGUUCAGUGCUCUCCGGGCCAUUACUACAACACAACAACACACCGCUGCAUCCGCUGCCCCACGGGCACAUUUCAGGUGGAGUUUGGCCAGAACUACUGUGUCGCCUGCCCUGGAAACACCACCACCGAUUUUGACGGCUCCACAAACAUUAUGCAGUGUAAAAACAGACAGUGUGGAGGCGAGCUUGGAGAUUUCACCGGUUACAUCGAGUCACCCAACUAUCCUGGGAAUUACCCCUCCAACGUGGAGUGCACGUGGACCAUCAACCCGCCGCCCAAGCGUAGGAUUCUUAUUGUGGUGCCUGAGAUCUUCCUGCCAAUUGAGGAUGAGUGUGGAGACUACUUGGUCAUGAGGAAGAGCUCUGUCUCCAACUCUGUGACCACCUAUGAAACGUGUCAGACUUACGAGCGUCCCAUCGCCUUCACCUCCCGCUCCAAGAGGCUAUGGAUACAAUUCCGAUCCAACGAGGGAAACAGCGGGAAAGGCUUCCAGGUUCCUUACGUUACGUAUGAUGAGGACUACCAAGAGUUGAUAGAGGACAUAGUCAGGGAUGGGAGGUUAUACGCCUCAGAGAAUCACCAAGAGAUUCUAAAGGACAAGAAGCUGAUGAAGGCCUUGUUUGACGUCCUGGCUCACCCACAAAACUUCUUCAACUACACAGCGCAAGAAUCAAGAGAAAUGUUCCCCAAAUCUUUCAUCCGUUUCCUGCGUUCCAAAGUCCUGAGAUUCCUGCGUCCUUAAGGAAGUGCUGAAUGACACUCUAAAUUCAAAUAGCUAAAUACAAACCACAGUUUUAAUAUUUUCUGUAGUUUUAUGCUUAAUAAUCAAGUGGAUUGCACGCCUGAUGUGACCCUGGGGAGAAAUGAAAGAAAAGAAAGUCGACUUGUACAUUCCAGCCUCAGAAAAGCAUCAGGAUCACUUCUACCACUUUGUAAUAAAAACAAAGCAACUACAUUAACUUCAUAGCCUCAUUUUAGAUGCAUAUUAUACAUCUCAAUAUGAUGUUUGAAAGCAGUAUUUUCAUUUUAGCUGCAUUCAUCUCGCUAAAACUGCUCAUGUCGGAAUUAUGAGACUUUUGCUAAUACCAUGCUGAUAAGAAGUGGUAUUGUGUAUAUAGAGUGUGUACUGUAUGUACUGUGUGUAGUUUUAACAUAGCAGAGGUGGAGUGACAGCGACGCUUUGAGAGGAAAGAAACAAUGAUAGCACAAAUGUUGUUCUUGGGAACUUUAGCACUACGAUGAAAGUAGUCAAACCACAAAAGCAAUUAUCCCGAUGAAUGUUUUGUAUAUGAUGUAAAAAGUUUUAGGUGAAAUUCAAUGACUUGUUUGACAGUAUAAUACUGCAUCUCUUAUUUCAGAGGUUCAAAUCUUUUCAGAAAAAACGUUUUCACUUUUCUAAGAGAGUGAAAAGAAAUUGUCGUUUAAAAUUAGGGCACCAUCAAAAUGACAUAUUUCUUCUUUUGAAUUAUUAUUUUUAUUGUGAACCAACAACCAAAGACAGCUGUUCACUCUUUUGACAAUUGAGGACAUGUUUCUGAGUAACAGUAAUAUGAGGUAAUGAAACGUUUUGUAAAAUAGAAGUGAGCUACUCACCUGUCUUUGACCAUUUGUGUGUGUGUAUAUUUUUAUGGGUUUGUACAUCUACUAUGCUGUAAAUAAAGAUAGAAACCUUACAAUAUUAUUGUUUUGCAUUAAUUGUAAUUUUUUUUUAAUUGUCACUUCCAUCCGCUAAUUAACACUUGUUCAUAAAUAUGUGUGAAAUAUAUAUAU